AUGCUUCACACGCCAUCGUCUUAUAAUAAGACACGGCUACUAUUUUCUCAUGUUAAUGAGGCUAUUAGAGGCAAAAGAUAUGAACUUUUUAUCGCCGCCGCUUCCCUCUCUCUUGAGAUCCAAGCCACUGUCAUCUAUAGCCAAGUCACACCCAUUUCCUACCAGUAUAAUUCAUCUUUACAACUCAUUGUCUCAGCGCUCAGUUUUUAUCCACUGGCGGCAAUGCUCCCAUUCAUCCUAGAUUCCACGCGUCGUAGUUGGAUGAAGGGGGCUGUACUCACCGGCCUCUUCGUCAUCCAUUCCUCAGCAUAG